GCUCGCGCAGAGGCUGAGGGGAAUGGCCGGGGGCCAGGCAGCUCCCGCUGCCACCCGGGCUCGCAGCUUCCCUCGGGUCGGGUGGCAGGGAGGCGGAGACCUCGUACCUUUCACGGCGGGGCCGUCCCUCGGGGUGGGCCGGGCUAGGCGCUCCGGGAGCGGGGGAGGGAGCGUGCGAGACUCCCCAGCGGUGGGCUGGCUGUCCCUCCCGCCUUCCUUCCCCGGGGCAGCGCCGGGGCUGCAUCCCGCCCUGCCCUGCCCUGCGGCGGCUUGCCCCGCCGCCUCCUUCCCCGCGCACACGCCUCCCUCCCCCUCCGGUCAUGACCUCCGCCUCCCCCAAGUCUGAGAAGAGACGCUGGAGCUUGGGGCGGCUGCCUGCGUCCCGGAAAGGCAGCAUGACUCCCAGCAAGAAGCCCUCCGCCCUGGAGCUGGCCGAAAACACCCCCCAUGCCCACUACGCCCCGAUGGCCGCGGUCCAGGAGCCGAGGCAGCCGGAUGCCAGCCCGCCCGCGGAGCCGGAUCGGGACGCGGAUCGGGGCGAGCCGCCGUUCAAGAGCGAGAUGGUGGUGGUGAACACGGACACGGACUGCCCCCGGCCCCACAUCAGCCCGGACCCUCGGGUCUCCAUCUACAGCAUUCGCCGCCCGCUGCUGAGCAGGACCCACAUCCAAGGCAGGGUCUAUAACUUCCUAGAGAGACCCACCGGCUGGAAGUGCUUCGUGUAUCACUUCACUGUUUUCCUUAUAGUGCUGAUCUGCCUUAUAUUCAGUGUGCUUUCUACAAUUGAACAAUAUACAACUCUGGCCACAGGGACGUUAUUCUGGAUGGAAAUUGUAUUAGUGGUAUUUUUUGGAACGGAGUAUGUGGUUCGUUUAUGGUCAGCAGGAUGCCGUAGUAAAUAUGUUGGAUUAUGGGGACGGCUUCGUUUUGCUAGGAAGCCUAUUUCUAUAAUUGAUUUAAUUGUAGUUGUUGCUUCAAUGAUAGUUCUUUGUGUGGGCUCCAAAGGUCAAGUCUUUGCAACCUCAGCUAUCAGGGGUAUCCGGUUUUUGCAGAUCUUACGAAUGCUGCAUGUCGACCGUCAGGGUGGCACAUGGAGACUGUUGGGAUCGGUAGUUUUCAUACACAGACAAGAAUUGAUAACUACCUUGUACAUUGGGUUUCUGGGCCUUAUUUUUUCAUCUUAUUUUGUGUAUCUGGCUGAAAAAGAUGCUGUGAAUGACUCAGGACAAACAGAGUUUGGAAGCUAUGCAGAUGCCCUGUGGUGGGGAGUGGUGACUGUUACGACUAUAGGUUAUGGGGAUAAGGUACCUCAGACGUGGAUAGGAAAGACCAUUGCAUCUUGUUUUUCUGUGUUUGCUAUCUCGUUUUUUGCCCUUCCUGCGGGAAUUCUUGGGUCAGGCUUUGCCCUGAAGGUACAACAGAAACAAAGACAGAAACACUUUAACCGUCAAAUCCCAGCUGCUGCAUCUCUCAUUCAGACUGCAUGGAGGUGCUAUGCAGCAGAAAACCCAGAUUCUUCUACAUGGAAAAUAUACGUAAGAAAACCUGCAAGAAAUUAUCAUUUGAUGUCACCUAGUCCAAAACCAAAGAAAUCAGCAAUGGUAUCAGUGAAGAAGAAGAAGUUUAAGACUGAGAAGGACAAUGGACCUUCUUCCCCAGAUAAAAUGUUAACCGUUCCACAUAUCACUUACGACCAUGUGGUGGAUGAUCGGAAAUCUGAUUUCAGUAUUGAUGCAUAUGAAAAUUCUGUGAAAAAGAGCCCUGCAUUUUUAGAUGUGAACACGGUGCCCUUCACCAGGACCAACAGCUUUGCAGAUGAGCUUGACUUGGAGGGUGAAACAUUGCUGACCCCAAUAACUCACAUCUCACAGCUGCGAGAACACCACCGUGCUGCUAUUAAGGUGAUACGUCGGAUGCAGUACUUUGUGGCAAAGAAAAAGUUUCAGCAAGCUAGAAAACCUUAUGAUGUACGAGAUGUUAUUGAACAGUAUUCUCAGGGUCAUCUCAACUUGAUGGUGCGAAUCAAGGAGUUGCAAAGAAGACUGGACCAAUCUAUAGGGAAGCCAUCUCUCUUUAUUUCUGUCUCAGAAAAAAGCAAAGACCGAGGGAGCAACACGAUUGGUGCAAGGUUGAACAGAGUGGAAGACAAGGUAAUGCAAAUGGACAAGAAAUUGAACUUCAUUACAGAUAUGCUGCAACACCUGGUUUCAAAUCAGCAGGAUGGCCAAAGCAGUAAUGGAUCAUCUCAGAGAACCAACACAGUUAACUCAGAUUUCUUCCUCCCGACUUACGAACAACUGACAGUUCCAAGAAGAAUCCAAGAUGACAUAUCCUGAUGUGGUAGAAAUACAGGGGACUGUUUUUUCCCUUUUUAAAUGGACAUGAAAGGUGUGAAUCUGGAAAUCUCGGCCAUAUGGGAGUACACAUCACUACUGUACCAAUGUGUCUAGCCUUUGAAACACUCCUUCCAAAGACAGUCACUCAUAUCAGAUGAAGAUUUAUCAAGCUAACACGCCUCAAGGCCUCUGUGCUGUUGUUUUAACACAGUGCAUUCUUAAGUUCCAUUUUUAUUUUGUUCAAGAACACCUAAGUGCGAUUCAUCAUAGCACUGAAAGACCAAAACAAUGUAGAAGACAAACAAAAUUACAAGGAAUUUAUGGCUCUUUUUAAAGAAAAAUAAUAAUACUUGAACUUAGAUAGCAAUGUGUGCAUUCUGUUUAUGAAUCUACUGAGAGCAAUUUAGUUUUACUAACUAGAUUUUAAAGCAAAAUGGGGUAACUUAUGUUGAUUUUAUUGUAUAAACAUACCACUAACUUUCUAGAGAAUGACAAACCGCACAGUGAAUUAUUAUUUUUUUUCUGUUACAUAAACACGUACCUGAUAAUGACUAGAUUUGCUUUUUCAAUCUUUUUUUUUUCUUCAGGGAAGAAAUAGUGGUUAAUCGGAAACAAUACCAUUCAUAGGGGAAAGUGCUAUAGAUUUUUUUUAAGAUAUGAAGUUUUCAUGGGAGAAGGAUAAAAUAUUGCAAUGAAAAAAAUAACUUUCUAGAAAACGGCUGCCAAAGAGUUUAUAUUUAAAUGUUAGUACAACUAUUUGAAUGUGCGUGUCCAGAAAGAGAUUUUAAAAAUGAAUGUUCACUGCUUUUAUAUUCUUUCUAUAUCUAAUUUUUGUAGCAUUUUCUUCCAAAAAUGUUACAGGUAAAUAUAUACAGAAGUCUAAAGAAGCUGGAUAUUGCUGGUCAAGUGCUUGAAUCCACCAUCAGAAUGGAGGCCCUAACUCAGAAAGGCAUUUCUAGUUGUAGAGCAUGGAAGCACAUACAUUAAAUCCUUAAAAGUUAUGCAUGUUUUUCCUGACUAGCAAUAGACUUAAUCAUGUGCUCUUCUGAAUCAGGGACUCAGAAUACUCAGCUCCCCCUUGGAGACACUCAACAUCUCAAAAGCUUAAGCCCUAAUGUAGGGAACCAAGGCCAUUAAAAUCAGAGACUCUCAUUGACUUGAUCAUUCAACCAGGCUCCAAAACCAACCUGUCAUGCUCAUACAAGUAGUUCCCACUGAAGUCAGCGGGCUAAAUUCUGCCCUCGUGUAUUGCAGUUUAAAUCUGGAGUAACUCCACUGAAGUUAAUGGAGUUUCUUCACACUUCGUUUUGUAUUAACAAGAGCAGAAUUUGGCCCAGUGUGACUACUCACAUGACUGACAAAAGCAGGAUGUGAACUUAGGUGACAUAGAGUGAAAUUCACCUAAUAGAGAAAGCCAGAAAAAAAGCCUGUUCACUUUAAGGGCUUCAGUGGGAUUUCAGUGGUGCACAAGUCUUGUGUUGGCUGUCUGCACAUGGAUGAAGUUCACCCUUACUGAAACUGAGAUUACAAAACAAAUAAGCCAUAUUAACAAUUAGGUUAAUUGCUGAUAAAUGAAAAGGAGGGUAGAUGAGUUAGGUCACAAACUCUUCUAUUGUUUUAGCAAUAGAUAUAAAAAUCCAAGAUCUGAGUACUUAGUCCUGUGCAUUUGAAAGGAAUUGGCCACUUAAUAUUAAGCCAUUUAAUAGUAUAUUGAAGUUAACUUCACCACACUUAAACAUAUGAGUAAUCUGAAAUACUUGUGCAUGUCAAUGGAACUGAGUUCUUAGGGAGUCUUUUUCCUAUUAUAGGUAAUAUUUCUGGACUUUGUUUUAAACAUUUCAUUUUCUAACAUUUUCUCUCUGUUGGGUAAAGAGCAAACCAUAGUGUAUCUCCUCAUAUCAAUUGUUAACAUUAUUCGGUCUUGCUGCUGUACAAUAGAUGAUUUUAAGGAUGUAGAUAUUUCCAGAUUUAAACAGGGAUUAUUUCUGGGCAUUAUGUUUUAUAGAAAUCAAAAAUAAUUGUGAUGAUUUUGAAUUUGUUUUUUAAUGAGGCUCACUAUGUAAUUUCAGAUUAUUAAUCUGACUGUUAAUUUCCUAAUAAAAUACAAGA